ACACACGCAAGAGUCAGCGACCCAAGGGAAGUAACGCUUUCUUGAAAUCCUCUGCAUCUGUCGUCUGCAGUUUUUUCGCGCACCAUAUGAUGGAUAGCUAGCAGAAUUAUAACUUCACACGAAAUGUUCAGAAACUUAAAUUCAACCCAAGAAAUGUUAUUUGACAGUCAAAGAACAAGCUGCAGUGGAGAUUCUGCUUUAUUAUGCUCAUCUCAAAUACAGCAGUCACAACCAGAAUUCUCCCAAGUUCGAUCACAGGAUUUGUUUACACAGAAACUCUCAGGAUCACAAAAUGAGGGUCUGCUCACCAGCAAUAAAAAGAUGACCAUGUAUGAGAAGUGGAUGAAUAGAGGAACAUUGCUUAAGAGAGACCCAGUAGCAGAAAGAAAAGAGGGCAACAAAUCCUUGCCAGCGUUUCUUACAGAGCAACAGCAGUACAACAUUUUUCAAAACAGGGCAAAGGAAAGAGAUGAAAAAGACCUUUUGCAACAAGUUGUCAGUAUUGUUCAAGAGAGCACCAAGGAGGUUAAAUCCACAUUAGAUGCUGUAAAGUUCAAGCUUGAUUCAUCCACAGAAUUCUCAGGAGAUAAAUUCAAUGCAACUUUAAAAUCUUUCUUGGAGGACAUCUGCAAGCAUGAAGACAGAAUGCUGCAUGCAGUGGAAGAGCAAAGAUGUAUCCUAACAAGGGUACAUGACCUGGAACAUGAACUGGCAGUGAAAACUGCAGAGCUGAAACACUUGCAAAGUCAGCAGCAGACACAAGACCGAGAAGAAGAUGCAAAGCGUUUAGCAAGAACAGUGUGCCAGGAAUUACAUUCUCCAAAUCUUACUGUCAAGAACAAGCUAGAGGAAAUUCUAGAAGUGGCCCAUGAAACAUCAAAGCAACAGUGUCAGCAACUGAAUCAGUACAAAAAACAGAUGACAAAUCAAGGCAAGCAGUAUGUGGAGAGCAAAAAUGCAAACCAGCGACUUAUUAAGGAUAUGGAAAAGAGACUUCUAAAGGAAAUCACAAAUUUUUGCAGUACUGUUCAGCAGCAAGAACAAAAGUGGCAAAGCAGUCUUCAGGAGUUGCUGGCAGAAGCUGCAAUGUCACAGAAGCAAGAUAUCAAACAAUUUCUAGAGAAGCUGUGUUCCAGUGACAGAAAGGGGGAUAGCAAACAGAGAGCUGCAGCUGAUACUCAGGUCUUGACACAAACCAUUAGAAAGGAGAUUCAGCUUCUGCUCACAAAACAGGCCAAGACAGUAGAGAAAUGUGUGCAGGACUUGCUCAAGCAUCAGCUUUACGAUCAAGGUCAGCAGCUGAAAAACCUUCAAGCUGCCCUAGUAACUGACAUGACUUUGUCUGUCGAGGCUGCUGCUAGGCACUUCUCAUCGGAUCUUGUCAUGCCAUUGUCAUUGCCCAAGUUUGAAAAAAAGAUGGAGGAGCACCAUGCGGACCUUAAGCACCAACUGGAGGAGCUGCAUCACAGGCAUUUGCAGGAAGUGUUGAGGAUUCAGAAUGAGCUUAAGAGUCAAUGUAUGGCUACAUCCACACUUGAACAGCUUCUCUUUGUCAAACUCCCAUAUCUGUGCAGGCAGGCAGCCACUACCCACACACACCACCUCACAAAAAUGCAGUGAAGAGAGCACUGGUAUCUAUCCAUAUAUGGCAAAGGGAACAGCAAGAAUCUCUCCUUUGUCCAAGUCAGAUCAGGCAACUUUGUUCUGUAAAGCUAAACCUUCACCAGUAGUGGCAGUUCUGCCACAGAAACAAGUAGACAGGAUUCCAACACCCUUUACAUCAGGUGCCCAUAUAGUACAUAAAGCCCAAACUCUGCCUUUUUCCGAUGGAAUCGAAGAAAUUUCAAAUGCAAAUCUAAAAAAUGCAGCAAUAGAGAAGAAACAAAAGAAGAGAAAGAAAUCAAGUAGCAGCAAGAAGAAAUCAAGAUCAAAGAAAAAGUGUCAGGAGACCCCUGUCUCUAACAAACCUGCGCUUUCAGCAGUAUCUCACAAAGUAUCAAAAAAUAAAAGAAAGUUAACUGCUGCUAGAAGAAUACCAAAUAAUGGUCUCACACUGGCCACUGACAUAAGCAGCCUUAUGCUUAAAAGUCAAAGACCAAAGAAUCAACAGAAUUCUCCAUCUAAGGCAUCAAGUACUAUCUCUUCCCCAUCAGUUUCUUUAACUGAAGUUGUUGUGGUGCGCAGGAGUAGAUGGCACACAAAAUCCACAGUUCAGAAGCAACCCUCCAUUGCAUUGUAUUCUUGCAGGUUUUGGGGGAGAUGACAUCACAGACAUUCUGAGUACUCCUUGGUUGCAGAACAAAGAAUAAAAUGGCUUGACACUGUUACAAGAAUAUGUCUAAUUUGAAAAUUCUUUUCUUGAAUAGAGGUGUAGAAAAUUCAUGACUAUUAAGACCUGCUUGCAUAUCUGGCACAAAUUACAACCACAAAGCUAAGAUUUCCACAUUUUAGCUGCUAUGAAUUUUCACUGACUUUUUGUCUAUGUUUAAUGUUGGUUUGAAGUUGAUGCAUUUAAAGUUUGCUUCAACGAAGUUAAUAGUACUGGAGAGUAUGGGUAAUGUUUAUGUUGCUUCAGUGUUUCAAGAUAGUUAAAUUUUUUUUAUGGAAUAACUUCAAGAAUCAACGUUCAUGUCUUGCAUGAGGUAACAUCUGAACAUUUUGGGAUAGGAUAGUAAAUUCUAAAUGAAAAUUGUGCAAAGAAACAUUAUAUUAUAUAUAAUGCUAACAAUAAAAAACAGCUAAUUUUAAUCUCCAAGAGUAAAGUCAUAAGAGGUACAUGGAGGAAUAUUUCAUUUAUACACUAGUUACUGUCCAGUAAUGCUCACACUUUUUCUUCCCCACAACUUUACUUUUUUUAACCUUUCUUGAAGACAGAAACUCAACAUGAAAUAGCUGUUUAACCUCUGUUUUAUUAAACAUAAGGAUUAGAAUAUUAAAGUAUUCAGGCUAAUCAGAAAGUUUGUAUGCACAAAAUGCCCUUACGUUGACUACAUUCCAAUAAAAGAUUUUUUUAAAAACAAAAUAACAUUUUCUUAUACAUUAAGAAUCAAAGACUUCAUAUACUUUUGCAUGUUUUAUGAAACGAUAGUGUAAUGUUUAAAGCAGACCUGGGCAAAGGCCGGCCCGCCUCCUGUCUCUGACCGGCCCGCCCGCCAGUAUAUAUACUAUAUAUACAGUAUUGGGUAAAACUGAGUUAACUGUAUUAGUCCGUCCCUCUAAAACCAUCCCAAUUUCUCAUGCGGCCCCUUGGGAAAAUUAAUUGCCCACCCCUGGUUUAAAGGAUGUUCUGCGGAAUUAAAAGAGGUACAAGUACACAUUACUUAUAUUUUCAAGCACAUAUAAACUUUUAAAAUAAAGUUUGCUUACAAGA